CUAAAUAACAACGUGAGAAUUAACCUAGGGUAUCGAAACCCGUGGAAUACGACCUUGGUCGCAAUUUUUGGUUAUACUUGGCUCGAAAUGGGGUAGUUAGUCAGGCCAUGUAAACAAUUGACAUGACCUGCACGAGGGAAUCGACCAGAAGGCCAACGAUUUCCUGUCGUCUAUCUCAACCGCCGAGAGCUCCGACCAUGCCGCUGACCUUGAUAUGCUCUUGGAGAAAGUUGUCGAGUGAGGCGAUGAAGAAUUUGGAUUUUUGGAUUCUCAGAGUAUAGGGGUGGGCAACGUCCCGUCGAGUUUGAAAUGGGUACCCAGUCCAAUUGGGAGAGGAAACUCCAUCCCAUGUCCCAAACCUGUACGGAUUAACGAGUAUCUAUUACCCGUGCGAGACGAAUAACGGAUACCCACGGGUAGCCCAUACUAGGACUUACAUGAUUCACUGUAAAUACCACACAGCCGGAAAUUGUUGGUGAAUGAGAGAAGGCUACUAUUUGGAACGUCAAAUCAAACCCGGGAAGCGAACCCAGAGAAGUAGACACUGUUCCUCAUAAUACAGGUGAAUUCUAGAAUGAGAUGACAAGAAACUUGCAAACAAUGUCAACCCGUUUAGAGUACUCAUCUUUUCCCAGAUUAUGUUUGGUUGAUCCAACCUAAAUAUAAUCGGAUUCUGACUGCAACCGGAAUAAAUAACCAAAAUAUCAUCAUGAUGCUCGGUCAUAAAUUUCCCCUUCCACCAAUUCUUAGCAAAGAAGUUCUCAGGACAUUUAGGUGGCGGCACAACAAGAACAUUCCAAGUACGUUCAGUCGGGUUGAAAACACCUAACCAACCUGUAAGACUCAAGUAGUAAAAGACUCCAUCAAAGAAAAAAAUUUGUUCCAUAUACUACUAAUUAACAAAAGGCAACUGUUCUUGGUAAUUAACAGUAACUCAUUCAGUUUCCCCAGGUAGACAAGUGCUGAUAGCAACAAAGUAGGAUUGGGUGGGUAGUACGGGUACCCGUAUAUCCAUACAACACAAUUUUGACCCAGAUCGACCGUGCCAGACAAUUUUGGGUUACCAUCUAACAAUGAGGUCCGCUGAAUUGAAUCUUCUCCAAUCACCCAAAAAGUUCAACAACUUUUAUAUUACGAAAAACUUUUCAAAAUUAUCAUAUUACUCGAGAAAUCUUACACUGGUAGUUUGUCGAUUUGUCUUACACUUGUAGUUUGAUAGUAGAUUUACACUAUUAUUCAUUAUGCAUGAGAUUAUCAUUUGAGAUCACGAACCCACAACCCAUUAGACGUUCGCCCUGUGGCUAUGGGAGAGUGCAUUGGGUGCUAACAUCUCAAGUUUUAGCACCAUACUAACACUUACUAUAAGGGUACUAUAAUAAUUAUCCCUUCUCUAUUCCCCUUCCAUUUACGUUUCUUUUCUAUGUUUCAUUUACAAAUUACAGUAUUGAUACAUGAACUUAAUAUAUAUUAAUAUUUAGUAGCUAAAAUUAAAAAAAUUACAUUUGAGUCGUAAAAAAUCAAUGAAAAUUUACAUUUUAGUACCUGGAAAUUUUAUUUCUUACAUUUUGGUACCUAAAUAUUUUAAAAUUUACAAACAGGUCCACUGCUAAGAAACUUCUAGCCUGCUUUGAAAAACUUAUGACCUACUUUGAGGCUCAGACCUACUAUGAGGAAGUUCUGGCCUACUUUGAUGUGGUUCUCACCUACUUUGAGGAGGGUCCGGCCUACUUUGAUGUUCUGACCUACUUUGUGGAGGUUCUGGCCUACUUUGAGAAGUUUCUUGCCUAUUUCGGUGGCCCUUCUCCCUUCCUCACAUUUAAUGCAAAAAAGAUGUUGGUCCCUCACUUCCAUGACCCAUUUUAUCAUAAUACCAAACUUGCUCAUCUUUCUCAUUCUCUCUCAUUAAUUGUGGUCAACUCAUUCAGGGCCGACAUAUGAUAUUCAGAGGCCCUGCUUGAAAAUAAAUAAUGCGACCCUAAAUUUUUUUAGGCUUAGAACUACCAGAUUCAAAUUUUCUACAUGACAUAAUUAAAAAUUGUUACCAAAGAUUAAUGAUUCAAGUAGGCAAGGAUCAUUAGGAAAUCAACUAGCACUAAUCAAAAUUUUCCAAGGCAAAUCCCUGGAAAAAAAAAGUGGUUAGAAUGUUAGGACACACUUGGGCCAAAAAAAAAACAGAUAAAGAACACAAAUUUCAAAUUUGGCCAUUCCAAAUUUGGCUCAUUGCCUCUCCAAUACCAUUGCCAGCCAAAAAAAAAUCACAAAAAAUACUCCCUCAACCUCCAAGCAGAAGCAGGAGUAACAGAGCAUCAGGAGAACAGAGUCUCCAAUUCCAAUUUCCAAACUCCAUUCGCCAUUCCCAUUCAACCAUUUCCCAAGACAGCCAGGGACAGGAAAUUCUUACUGAUUUCCGAACCACGGCGGAGAGACGAAAGUCGCCAAGAUGGAACUGGGAUUCUCGGAACCAAGGGAAGAAGGCGAGCGGGAGCGUCGGAGCGGAAGCACCGAACCAGUCGGAAUAGUGAUUAAUGAAUUUAUUUCGGCUAAUCGACUGCUUCAGGCUUUAGCAAGGAAGGGAAUGAUUUGUUCAAACAAAGAAAUGAAAAUCGAAGGCUGGGGGUGGAUGCUUCACCUUCUUGGCCGAGUAUUUAAGGGUGAUUGAGGAUUGAUAUAUUGAGUUGGAGUGAGAAGAGAAACGUUGGUGGCUUAGUGACGUUGGUUUCUUUUUGGGAAGGUGAGAAUUUUGGGGAAACCAUUAAUCAUUGAUGAUUUUGGGAUUGGGAGGUUACGAGAAUUGAGGAAGAGAAGCAAAUAAGGAGGCUGGAGGGCGAGAUACAUGUUGAACAGGGGACUCUUCGGCUACCGAUGGAAUUAGGAUUAAUUAUUUUUUUAUAUAUGUAUAAGUACAUGGGCCAACAUUGUGAGGCCCCAAAUAUUAUGAGGCCCUGUGCUGUGGGUCAGACCAACACAGGGUCUGGAUCGGGCCUGAAUUCAUCCAAAUAAUAAAGUCAUCCAAACGAAAUGUUCAUAUUGACUUAAGCUAAUAUUAGCACCAUACUAACAAAAAAAGUCUUUACAUGCUGGCUUUUCCCUAUGGCUAUUGCCUAUUGCCUAAGUGAUUGAAGCAAUCAUAAUUUAUUUAUGGAUUGGCCGGAUCACCAAACCCCUUACUAUACUUAUAUACUGAUAACCAUAAUUAUCCCUAACCCAAAUAGCAACAGUAGCCGACUCUCUCUCAACUAAUUAUUAGAAUAUAUAAAGCGCCUAUUUUGCUUAAGGGGUCCAGUUGGGAGUGGGCAUGUCCACGAUAAGUUCUAUGCACCUCUUUCCCUAAUUACUCGCCAUGUUCCCCAUAUAGCCCUAUUUUUUUCUUGAGUCUCACCUACGUCGUUUCCCUGGAGGCUGGGUUUACUCCUAAGUUUCCCCGAAGGUUGGUGGGUUUUCUUCUGACUUCUUGAUCAGUGUGUAUUCCCAAAUCAUGCAUGCUUCUCAUCCUCGAUUCUUCUUCCCGUCGAUUCGAAUUGAGGGGUAGAAUAUGCUAAGUAAUCUCCUUCGUCAAGAGUUUGAUCACUCUAUUUUGGACCAAUGAGAUUGUGUAAUUUGAAGAGGGUAACCGGGGGGCUCUUUUUCCUCUCUAAAGCUGACCAAGGAGAUUCGAUUGACCGCUAUGUUUUGUGGGGGUAACCAAAAAAAUAAGGUAAUUAAAUGGAAGAAGUAACCAGAUUUGGCCAAGUAGUUCAAUUGCAUGCAACCUAAAUUUUUCUUCUUCUACAUUGAGAAUUCUCAAUGCUGGCGGAAUGGAAGGGGCUCUUAAAGCCAACAUAGACACUUUCGGAUGCUAUCAUUAAGCUGCGGAGAUUGUAAGAGUGUAGAAGAUGUUGUGUAAUCCAGUAGGAUGCGGAUGAGUCCACCUUAAGUUUCUGAGCAAGCAUCCAUCUCACUUCCUUCCUCCUCCCUACAGGCAAGAUCUGCAUAAUGCGCCUUUUGGGGCAGAGAAUAAUAGAAAGGGGGAAAAUCGACAAUAGCAAAUCACACUGAAAUAUGCCAGAGAAGAUGAAGCAGCCGCAGUGAGGAUUCAUUCCAGUUACAAAGAAAGUGAAGAUAUAAUCCAGACAUCGGAUUCUGUUGGAUCAAGAAGGAGGAGGAGGAUUGAAGUGCAUUUUUAACUCCCGUCUUUAAUCCCUUCGUUGAUUUGUGAAACCUGCCGCUGUCAAUUUAUUUGGUUGUUGGAGAAAUUUUAUUCUUAUUCAUUUUAUUUGUUUGCCCCAAACUCUAACUGAUGUCCAUUUGUCUAUCGGUUCCCUUCUCCAAUUUGCAUGAGAUACACGUUGUAUAGCAGGGAUGCCACCUGACCUCCACUAACUUUAUAUUUAUGUUUAUCAAAUUUUUGUGAUUAAUCAUGUAUAUAGUUAGUUCUUCUCCAAUUGAUUUCAAAAUUCAUGGCUUUGUUUAGUUGUGUACCCAAACCAAUUGCAUAGGGUAAAUAUGCUCCUUUACCAAAAUGGGAGAAGUUAAUAUAUAGGAUUUGAAAAGCUAGCUUUCUCAAGACUUUACUUUAACAUAUUUUGGUAGGCUUUCAAUUAUCAAGUUCAGUUGAUUUGGCAAUCACGUAAGUAGAGGUGGCAAUUAGGAUCCAAAUUCAUGAAUUCACAAUUCAUUCACCAAAUUAUCCACAUAAUCCAAUCCAUUUAAAUUUAAUACAUUUGAUCCAAAUCCAAUUGGAUUGAUGGAUUCAUGGAUUGAUCCAUGAAUCCAAAUGACCGAUUAUGGUUUAGUACCUAUAAUUUUUAUAUUUUACAUUUUGGUCCCUAAAGUUUAUAUUUUUAUACAAAAAAUAUAAUUGGAAAAUUACAUUUUGGUGCCAAAAAAUUUUCAUUAUGACAUUUUUGUACCUAAACUUUUCGAAAUUUUACAAAAUGGUCAAGACUUGAAUGUCAUUUGGUUUCAUGGAUCAAUUCACCAAGCCACUUCAUCUAAUCCAUUUGAAAUCCUUAGAUUGUGUGUUCUCUUUGCUUUCUAUUUCUUAGUAAAACGUGAAACUUCCUAAGCCAUGAGUCAUGACAACACUUUUUAAGCACCAAUUGUACUUCCAAAUAUUUCACUUCAAAUUUGUCAAAAACCUUAGUAUUGACCUUAGUAUAAUAGUAAUUUAACUAUUCAUGCUUUAGUUUUAUAAUCCUCCAACGUCCCAUCUUCUUAAUUUAGCUUCCUAUUAAUUAGUUUUCUAGCAUUAAUUAACUAAAAAAUAUUCUAUAUAAAAAACAUCCCGCCGCAAAGCGCGGGCCAUUUAGCUAGUACUAAUAAUAACAACAAUAAUACUAAUAAUAACUAUAUUCCAUC